AUGCAUAUUCCCUCGAAAGGCCGCAACAACCGUCGCGAGAACUACAAGCCGCGAUAUUCGACAGCUGUCGCAGCUCUGCUCGCCAGCACGGUGAUCCCUUCGCCGAGGAAGUCGACGCGACGGAGUAAGGCGGAUGCAUACUCCAUGCCACCGACACCGCCGACUCAUGGCGUCUGCGUGGAUCCUCUCGAAGGGGAGGACGAUGAGAGCAGUCUACCCGAGUACAUACCGAAGACGCCCCUCGAGCUGCUGCUCAGCCCUCCCGAUGUCGACAUCUACGAGUCGACCGCCAUGUCCAGGUCGACCAGCGAAGGCGUGCUUUCGACUCGCUCGACCUCGACCGAUUCCGUGCCAUCGCUCGAUACCGACAACGAAUCCGAGACUUCGAGUACCUUCGGAUCGCCGCCGUCGUCCCGUCGCCGCUCGAGCGGAGAUUCCCGGACGCGCAUCAAGACCAAGACACCGCGAACGUGCGUGGACCACCCCCUGUUGGAGAAGACGCCGGCACCCGUCGAGUUUCUCCCCGAAGAUACCCUAAAACGAGGCGCGUUACGACUGAAUCUCGUGUCCAACCUUACCGCGUCGCUACGCGUGCUCAAGUCGGCGGCACGGAGCUUCUCGAUCCUGACUGCGUCCGCCGCCGCGAUCCAGCAACCAGACUACCUCACGCGCAGCAUCCUGUCGAUCUCACCGCAGUACACGGACGAGAGACGACCAACCCUAUUCGAGGAUGAGGCCACGCCGGCAUUGCGUCGCUAUCUCAACCCAUGGACGACCUCCUACGACGAAUCCCCCUGCACCGGAGCUGUCCAGAUGCAGACGUACAAGAUCUCGGGUCGGUCAAAGUCGGGUCGAAGCGGAGUACGGAGCACGCCGAAGCCGGAAGAGGUAGCUGAACCCACGGUGCAACGCGGGGUCCGGGAGAAUCCAGACUUCCUGCGAGUCAUCGUCCUGGAAAUGAACAUGCGACGCGAAGGAAAGCUCAGCGACACGGCGCAAGGAAAAGCUAGGUACAUGCUGCCGCCACGUCAAUCAUGCAAGUUGCGUGCGAUCGGAGACCCUGGUCGGUGGGCAUGCAUCUACGCGUGA